AUGUUCGUCGUACGCUUCCGCUGCUCUUUACGCCCACUCUCUUCCACUCCCUCCGUCCGCUUCCCCAUAGCAGCAAGCAGUAGACGGACAAUGUCCUCACACCACCACUUCUCUUCUUAUCUCGUCUCACCAUCCGAGCUCAAUUCAGCUCUGAAGCAUAAUGCUAGCAAGCUUUCUUCAGAGCCGCGCAUCGUCCCGCUUUGCGCAUCCUGGUUUCUGCCCAACGAUGGUAGGAAUGGGUACAAUACUUUUAUUGAAGAGCGUAUCCCGCGCGCUCGUUUCUUCGAUCUCGACGCCGUCAAGGACAUUCACUCGCCAUAUCCGCACAUGCUUCCUUCUGCCGAAGACUUCGCAAUCGCAAUGAGACACCUCGGUAUACGCCGUGAAGACAGCGUAGUCGUCUAUGAUACAAAGGAGCUGGGUAUCUUCUCAGCCCCGAGAGUUGGUUGGACGCUACAAGUCUUCGGACAUCCAAAUGUGCAUGUUUUGAACAACUUCCGCAAGUGGGUCGAACAAGGGUUCCCAACGGAGAGCGGAGAGCCAAAGGAGGUUGCGUCGACCGAAUAUGCAGUGCCGAAAUUGGAGGAAGAGAGGGUCGUCGCCUUUGAGGAGGUCAAGGAUAUUGCAAAAGAAUUGGGCAAAGAGGGUGCGGAUGAAGUGCAAAUAUUGGACGCGAGGAGCUUAGGCCGGUGGAAGGGCAUUGAUCCGGAGCCUAGAGAAGGCCUUUCAUCUGGGCACAUUCCGCACUCCACCUCUGUCCCCAUCACGGACCUUCUCGAUUCGAAAGACAAGACGCUUCUCCCGGCCUCCGAACUCCAAGCUAUCUUCAAGUCCAAGGGGGUGGAUCCGUCUAAGCCAAUCAUAAACAGCUGUGGUACAGGCGUCACAGCGGCGAUCAUCGACGCUGCAUUGUCAGAAGCUGGCUUCCCUGCACAACAGAGGCGCUUGUAUGAUGGCAGCUGGACCGAGUGGGCGCAGCGCGUGAAGCCUGGCGAAGGUCUCAUCCGGAAGACGGAGUAG